GAUCGGCACCUACCUCAGAAUCCGAAUCCUCACUUUCGCUCUCUCUCACAUCGGUCUCUCCGCUACUCUGCUUUUGCUUCUUCUCGAGGCCAUCGCUUCAUAUAUAUGAUACCUAGCUAAUUGCGCCGACGAGUACGAGACCACUAGUUGCCAAGAACGGACAGUCGCCGCCGUUUCAGGGCUUGUUCAGCUUGAACGCCGGCUCAUCAUUUCAAAGGCCUACUAUACUAAUGGCACACACAAACAAGAAUCACACUGAGUCGUUUCCUCCUGGAAAGAAGAUUACAAUCGUUUUUGUCAUAGGUGGCCCUGGCAGUGGCAAAGGCACUCAAUGUGCCAAAAUUGUGAAGCAGUUUGGCUUUACACAUCUGAGUGCUGGUGAUCUCCUUCGUGAAGAAGCAAAAUCUGAAACUGAACAAGGUACAAUGAUCAAGAAUCUCAUGCAUGAAGGGAAGCUUGUGUCAUCUGAUCUCAUCGUUAAGCUACUGUUAAAGGCCAUGCUUCAAAGUGGAAAUGAUAAGUUCCUUGUUGAUGGGUUUCCACGAAAUGAAGAGAAUCGACAUGCCUAUGAAAAUACUAUUCACAUUGAGCCAGAGUUCUUACUGUUCAUUGACUGCUCUAAGGAAGAGAUGGAGCGCCGCAUUCUAAACCGAAAUCAGGGAAGAGAUGAUGACAACAUUGACACUAUUAGGAGACGCUUUGAUGUUUUUCAGCAGUCAACCAUGCCUGUUAUUCAGUAUUAUGAGAAAAAGGGGAAACUCCGAAAGGUUGAUGGUAACAGACAGGUAGAUGAAGUUUUCGAAGACGUGAAGGCCAUUUUCGCUCAGUUGAACAAUCAGGGAAAUCUUCCUGGUCAGCAAGCUGGUGGUUUGAGCAGAACACAAAUGAAUCCAUUCAAACGUUGGUUCUUGGACUUCUUCUGUGGUUGCUUUGGGACUCAAGAAGCAAGAAACUGACUGCCUGUAAAAACGCAAGUGACAUGAUAUACACUAAUAGUAUAUACGUACGGUGAUGGUGUGUUGUGCUGAUUGACAUGUUGAGUUUAGUAGUUUAGCUGUUUGUGAGCUGUGAGGAAAUUGAGUGUGUGCACUUGUUUGUAGAUUGCAACUUCAGAGAUCUAUGUCUGACAAAGGACAUACAAAGCAACUAUGCUGGAUCUCUAUAUUGGGAGCUGUUGUUACUGAUGAA